AAAAGUUCUUCUGCUUAUAAAUACAACAGGCCAGGGGCACCAGUUCUUAGUCUUGAGCUGAGUUGUAGCCCAAUAAUGACCUUGACAGGCAGUCUGGAUGUCCAUAUCAAAGUCAUUUACCACGGUGUCUCAAACAGCGAUAAUACAGCCAUAAGCAAAGAAGCUCAACCAAUAACCUUCCACACCCAUGCAUUUGUUCCGGUAGAUGGAGAAUUCCGCGUCUACCGCCGUCGCUGUCUAGAUCAAUCUAGGCCCGAGGCAGAGGAGGAAUGGGAGACAUUUGAGGGCGACGACUACUGUCAAUUUGGGAUCUGGGGUAAUCCUGAUAAGCUGAUAAACGUCUCUGAGAAUCCAAAGGGCCGAUUCCCAACACUUUUUCCUGGCGAAUCUUGGUCGGACUUUUGGACUAUGCCGGCGGACGGAGAUGUACUGCCCCAUGAUCUGAAACCCGGCGAGAGGCUCCGAUACCAAUUCAAAGGAAACACAUUAGACUGGUGGGACUGGGGAACGGCCGCAGCGCAUACUCAGACCGUUGUCACGCUCCCUGGCUCGGGAGUGGAACCUAUUUCGGACCUCAAGGAUAAUGGAGGUCGGCCGAAGGUGGUUAUACCGGCGUCGAAUGUUGUGGAGUGGACGAUUGUUGAUGAAUGAAGGGUUCCUGUCUGUAUUCUGGCCCUUUGAGUUUUCAUUCUACCGAGUGGCACUUGCUCUCUUCGCCACCGCAGUCUUUCAAUUAGGGGUAUGGAAUGAGAUAACGCAGCAGGUGCGUGGUCAACCCUUAAAAAUGGGCCG